UUGAAGUUGUUAAGCCAUUGAUUCUGCUGAAAAAAUAAGCGUUGGUACGGAGGAAAGCGGUGGUUUGUUGUCUUAGAGUGCUUGUUUCCAGCGAUACUCGCUUAUUUUUCCCUCAUCUGUUUCAGCCGAACAAACUUGUUCACCUUGGAGCUACAAAUACUGGUGAUUUGAGAUUGGCCCUCAUCCUCCGCUGUUCCCGUGCAAGCAAGGACCAGAAAAAUGAAUAUCCAGGGGAARGGCUUCCCCUUGGACCUCGGAGGAAGCUUCACUGAAGAUGCUCCAAGGCCACCRGUUCCUGGUGAGGAGGGGGAGCUCGUGUCCACAGAUCCAAGGCCAGUUAGCCAUGGUUUCUACUCUGGUAAAAGUGAUGUGGUCAGAAAUGAGACAUCCACAGCAACACCGAGGCGCUCCGAUUUGGAUUUGGGGUACGAGCCCGAGGGAAGUGCUUCGCCAACUCCACCCUACCUGAAGUGGGCCGAGUCGCUGCACUCCUUGCUGGAUGAUCAAGAUGGCAUCAACCUCUUCAGGACUUUCCUGAAACAGGAGGACUGUGCAGAUCUGCUGGACUUCUGGUUUGCCUGCAGCGGCUUCAGGAAGCUGGAGCCGUGUGUGUCUAAUGAGGAAAAAAGACUCAAGCUGGCAAAAGCCAUUUACAAAAAAUACAUCCUYGACAACAAUGGCAUUGUGUCCCGGCAGAUCAAACCGGCCACAAAAAGCUUCAUCAAAGACUGUGUCAUGAAACUGCAGAUUGACCCUGACAUGUUUGACCAGGCCCAAACAGAGAUUCAGUGCAUGAUAGAAGACAAUACCUACCCUUUGUUCCUUAAGUCGGAUAUUUAUUUGGAAUACACAAGGACAGGUGGGGAAAGUCCAAAAAUUUAUAGCGAUCCGAGCUCAGGGUCUGGGACAGGUAAAGGGCUACCUGGUUAUCUGCCRACUCUGAACGAGGAUGAGGAGUGGAAGUGUGACCAAGAGGCCGAGCCCGAAGGCAGCAGGGACUCGGCRCCUUCCAGCAGGCUCACGCAGAAGCUGCUCCUGGAGACAGCCACGCAACGCGCGGCCUCAGCCCGGCGCUACAGCGAGGGCAGGGAGUUCAGGCAUGGGUCRUGGAGAGAGCCUGUUAACCCCUACUAUGUCAACACGGGCUAUGCUUUGGCUCCUGCCACCAGUGCCAACGACAGCGAGCAGCAGAGCAUGUCCAGCGACGCCGACACCAUGUCGCUGACAGACAGCAGCGUAGAUGGGAUCCCACCGUACAGACUUCGAAAGCAGCAUCGCAGAGAGAUGCAAGAAAGUGCCAAAGCAAAUGGACGCGUGCCACUACCUCACAUUCCUCGUACCUACCGAAUGCCAAAGGAUAUCCAUGUGGAGCCAGAGAAGUUUGCUGCAGAGCUGAUCAACCGUUUGGAGGAAGUGCAGAAGGAACGCGAAGCAGAGGAGAAGUUAGAGGAGCGCCUUAAACGCGUUCGAGCGGAAGAAGAAGGUGAGGAUGCAGAUAUCUCUUCUGGUCCCUCGGUGAUGAGCCACAAGAUGCCUUCCGCCCAAGCCUUCCACCACUUUGCUCCUCGUUAUGCUGAGAUGGGCUGUGCUGGGAUGCAGAUGAGAGAUGCCCAUGAAGAAAACCCCGAAAGCAUCCUGGAUGAGCACGUGCAGCGUGUGAUGAAAACCCCAGGCUGCCAAUCCCCAGGGCCYGGCCGUCACUCUCCAAAGCCACGGUCCCCGGAAAGCGGCCACUUAGGAAAGCUGUCAGGGACACUUGGAACAAUUCCUCCAGGGCACGGCAAGCACGCAACAAAAUCAGGAAUGAAACUGGAUGCAGCUAACUUAUACCACCAUAAACAUGUCUACCACCACAUCCAUCACCACAGCAUGAUGAAACCAAAAGAGCAGAUCGAGGCCGAGGCCACGCAGCGAGUGCAGAACAGCUUUGCUUGGAAUGUAGAUUCACAUAACUAUGCAACAAAGUCACGAAACUACAGUGAAAACUUGGGCAUGGCCCCUGUCCCCAUGGACUCUUUAGGCUACAGUGGGAAAGCAAGCCUGCUCUCAAAAAGGAAUGUUAAGAAGACUGAUUCAGGGAAAAGUGAUGGUGCCAACUAUGAGAUGCCAGGAUCUCCUGAAGACGUGGAGAAAAACCAGAAGAUCCUUCAGUGGAUCAUAGAAGGAGAGAAGGAGAUCAGCAGGCAUAAGAAAACAAACCAUGGCCCUUCAGGUGCUAAGAAGCAGCUGUCCCACGACCUGGUCCGGCCCCUGUCCAUCGAGCGACCUGUCACCGUGCACCCGUGGGUCAGCGCCCAGCUCCGAAACGUCGUCCAGCCUUCUCAYCCCUUCAUCCAGGAUCCCACCAUGCCGCCCAACCCCGCCCCCAACCCUCUCACCCAGCUGGAGGAAGCUCGCAGGAGGUUGGAAGAAGAGGAAAAAAGGGCUGGGAAACUCCCCCUUAAACAAAGCAGGUUGAAGCCCCAGAAGAGGCCGGGCAGCGGCGCGUCCCAGCCCUGCGAGAACAUCGUGGUCGCCUAUUACUUCUGCGGGGAGCCCAUCCCCUACCGCACCCUGGUCAAGGGCCGCGUGGUGACGCUGGGACAGUUCAAGGAGCUGCUGACCAAGAAAGGGAACUACAGGUAUUACUUCAAGAAAGUGAGYGAUGAGUUCGACUGUGGUGUGGUCUUUGAGGAGGUGCGGGAGGAUGACACCAUCCUGCCCAUCUUUGAGGAAAAGAUCAUCGGCAAGGUGGAGAAGAUUGAUUAGGCUCCAGGCAGUGAGGACAGGACUGUGAAGGACUCUGGGACCGGAGGAGAAGGCCUGGGGCAGAUGCUGCUGCCAYGGGCRCCAGGCGAGCCCAGGGCGGAGGGCRGCGGCUCCGCUCCCCAGCRCGGAUCUGGGCAAGCUCCAGGAUGCCGGUGGAUGCCCUUUCACCCCACAAACCUGCCCGUGGGAGCCUGGGCUCCCUCUCCAUACCGAAUAUAAGUGUAAUGUAGCAUUGUACAGUGCAUUAGAAAGUGUAAUAUGACCUUGUUUACUAAAGCUGCAUAUUUUUGAUAUAUUGUAAUAAAAGGAAAAUAUUUCCAAUGUCACAGUGCUCUUAUGUAAAUGUAAAACAUACAGGUACUGCAGAACUCGCCCAAAGUGUACAGCCAUCCGUCAGACUCCGGCUGCUCCGUGCUUUCCYGGCACCCUGCCCCGUUUUCCCGGCGUGGAUGGCUCUGGAGUGCCCUCACCUCACCGGUGUGGAAGGGGCGGSCCCAUCCAAAGGGGCUCUGAAGAUUAUUGAGCCGUUUGGAAGGAGUCAUCUCUGGCCUCCUUGGCAGGCUCAGCUCUGGACAUGGUAGGAUGGGUCUUUUUUUCUCCUCCUGAGCUUCCUUGCGACCGAGUAAAUCCCCGAGGAGUAGAAGGGUCAGUGCCUGAGGGGACUGGGGCCUCAGAGCCAGGGUGGCAGGCUGGGUGCUGGCAUCACACAGCCCACACCCUCCUGUGUGUCCCCUGUGCCCCUGGAGAAGGGAUUGCUUCCUAGGUUCUGUGCCUGGUGCAGACAGCCCAGACCCCUGGCCAAGCUCUGGCUUUGGCAGGGAACUCUUUAAGAGAGCCAUAAUGGGGAGGGAACUGAUGAAACCUUAAAGCUGAAGACAAAAUAUAKCUUUUUCUGAGCCCUGCAUCUUUUGUCAGCUUCUGUGUCUCAGGGGAGGCAGCAGGAGGGCACUGCACCAGGRAGGUCACUGAUGCCAGUCUGUGGCUCCUGCAGGGCCAGCAGRCAGCCCUGGGAGCCUCCUGGGCUUACUCGGCCGCAAGGAAGCCCAGGCUGUGCCGGUGCUCCCCCCACCCUGCCCUCGCCCAGCCCAGGCCGUGCCAUGGCUCUGUGCCAGCUCCUUUGGAGACCAGCCCUUGCCCACCCACAGAAAUGGGUGACCCCAAAGCCUGGGGGAUCCACGUUGGUGCUGGCCCUGCCCCGCUGGAGCUGCCGGGACCCCGUGGCACCGCGCCGGGACCGACUCCGCCUGUUGUACAUGUCACCGAGUGCCUUUCAAACACCGUUCUGGGACUUGCCUAAUACACUACGUCAAGUCCAGCAAACUCUGCAAAUGUUUUCAGCCUGGGAACAGCGUUACGAGGGGUGUUAGUCCCUGUUCUUUGAAGUUCUGAUGGUGGUGUGUCUGGUGAGGUUGUUGGCGUGCCCGGGAUUUCCGUCUCCCCCUUUUUUCUCAGGGGGUCCCUGUAAAUAUGUACAGCGGCCGUGCAGCCCCGGCGACGUUUCCUCUGCAUUCUCAUGUGCUGACUUGUACAAUGAUCUUUUCAAAGGUACUUG